AUGGAGGUAGCUCCUCUGACAUUGGCUCACACGCAUGCUCGGAAUGCAGUCCUUGAGACCCGCAAGGCCAACCCGGUCGCUGCGAGCGAGGAGCACGAUCUAGCCGCGGGUGAGUUUGCGACAGCUGCACAGAACAGCUCCGACAAAGAACUGACCUAUCGCACGAAGGCCCUACGAACACUGCGCCUGCUCGAAACUCACCAUAAGAAGCUCGCCGAGCUCCUCAGAUUCCAACAUGAGCAUCCCACCACUGCCCCUACCGAAGUAACAUCCGCCACCACGUCUCCAAACCCCUCAGUUCAACAAGCUGUGGCCGAUCCCACCAGCGCAAAGACCGCAACGUCGACCCAGGAUGCUCACAACCUACCACCGAGACUGGUGGGAACUGGUCGAAUUUUGAGUCGAGACAAAUCCUCCAUCGCCAGCAACCUCGCAUCUGCACGAGGAAUUCCAUCACAGCCUCGCCGUGGGUCGCCGGCAUCACCGACGCUCUCUUCUCAACAAGCUGCAGCAAAGAUGACCGAAUCCCCAACUAAAACUACAUCCGGCGAAUCCAGACUGCGGGGUGGGCCAAAUAAAAACCGACAGAGUCGCAUGUCUACACCUAGACAACCGUGGUCUCCCCCGACGUCUAAUUCUACCCAGGUCACAACACAAGAAGUUGUUCCUGCCAGUACAUCUGAGUCUAGAGGACCCACAGAUAAGCCUUCGGCUGCCGAAGAACCUUUGCAGCGCUUCUACUCGGCAUUUGGCGGACUAGUCGCCAAGGUUUCCGUGCCUUUGGCACUCGCUGGGCUUCAAGUAGGAACUACCAGUCCGACACAAGCUGGACAGAACCGCAAGUCUUCGGCCGAAGUGAAACUAGACCGUGAUCAUGCUACCUUGGACCGGUCGACGACUGCAGGCGAGCCUAAUGUGAAUCAGAUAUUCUCUCGAGCAGCUCUAAAGUCAGUUCGCGAAGGUGCCGGGACAACUAUGGGAAAUCCCGCCGAGUCAUUCUACGUAGUACCGACCACAGGCGGGACCAUGUCGUACGCAGGGAUCCUCACUCGGGCCGAAAAGGAAGCACGCAAGAACAGUCUCGAAGACGGCGAAGAUGAUUUUGUGGAUGCGCGAGAAACACCCUCGUCGCCCGAAAUGCGGCACAGCGGUAGUGGCUCUCGCACAUGGCGAGGACGCCGAGAUGUCCCCGAUCAGCUUGCCACCGCUCCGAAUACUAAAACAGUGGAAGAGAUGCAGAUGGAGAAUGAAGCUUUGAGGGCUUUGACAGACACGCUUUCGACUCGUCUACAUAUGUGGGAAGUUAACGCGCAAUCUUCUACUAUGGCGCUGCAUCAAUCUUUGAAGAUGAUGCACCACGCUCCAUCGGGUACUACCUCCCCGGUAGCUACCAUGAGUGCACCUCCGGCUGUAACUGGGCCUGACCCACGAGUCAAAAAAUUGGAGGAUCUCAUUCGAGACCACGAGAGCAAGCUUGAAGCUGCUUCCCAGGAGAAUGAUAAAUUGAAAGAUGUUCUUAGGCGAUACCGGGAUCGCUGGGAGAAACUCAAAGAAGGCGCCAAAACGCGAAGAGCAGAGGCUCGCACCGGUGAUACCCAAACAGCUCAGCCGCCCAAUGAAGUUCCGGCUUCUCCGGUAACUGGACAGGGCCCAUUUACGAGUCGAUCUUGA